UAUGACAUUACGUCUGCCUUGAAAACAUAACCAUAAUAUUGCUGAUUUUCGUCAAACUUUUUUUAUAAAUUCACGCGUUACACAUUCUUUAGUAAUGGCAAAACUUCAUAAUUAUUACGUUUUGUGUCCACUAAUUGAUCAGAAGAGUUUUUUAGGUGUAGCACAUGAUAAAGAAGAGUCGAGCGUUGUUGUAUCUCUAGGCCGGAAUGUGGUUAAUAAAUAUCGGCUCUCAGAUCAAAAACAAAUUGGCGGCUGGACAUCAAAGGACCACAUAACUGCCCCAGUUAUUUACGACAAAGAGCAAGAUAACUAUGUUGGAGUUUUCAAUAACAAUGCUAUAAAGACAUGGAAAGAGGACUCGGAUAAUUUGGAUAAAAUCAAGAAACAAAAAUUUACAACAAACAUUCUGAAGCUCAUAAAGAGAGAAGAAGAGUCACCACUUGUUGUAUUUUCAAACGGAAAUUGUGCAGCUCUCUCAUUUGCAUUAGAUAAUAGAAAAAGCAUUGAAAGUAAAGCAUUAAUUAAAGAAACAGAAGCAAUUGUUAAUGUAGCAUAUUAUAGUCUUAAUAAUAUAGCACAUAUUUGUUACAUAAUAAAAAACAAUAAAGAUAAUUAUGAUAUUUUGACUUGUCCAUUGAGAGAAGAGUUGGGCGAUAUGGAGAAAACAAAGCUGCAAAGGAUGAGAGUAACAAGAACUGAAGAUGUUUACGUAGUUGGACAUCUCAUUGUUAAAGAAAAACUUGGAGUUUAUAUUUUAUGGAGUGAUAGCAAAUUAACAGUUUAUGAUUUCGAUAAAAGAAAUUGGAGAACAAUUGGUUCAGUUCCGUGGAUAUCUACAUUCUCCAGUGUUUCUAUCGCAUGGAUGGGGAAAAACCAUUUAAUAUUAUUUGGUAGCAAUGUAGAACAAGAUGGAGCUAUCAUUGUUGCAUAUAAUAUAGUAUUAGGUGUUGGCUCCUGUAAGUAUCCAAUGAAAAUGUACACAGAAGGUGCUAAACUAUAUUGUUUCGAUAACCGUAUAGUACUAGAAGCUUCAAACCAUAUCGGAAUGUUGCCAUAUUUAGUGGAAACUAAGAGAAAUCUCUCCAGCUUACUCGGUUCCCAUGAGGUGACAACAGAUGAACCAACAGAAAUUGCAAACUGGGGCACACCUACCAAACCAUUAUUCCAUAGCAGUGAAGAUAUCAAAGCUUUAGUUAAUUUAGGUCUAACAGAAAGAAAUAUAUGCUUACAAAUAAUACCUUUAUUGAUAGAAAAGAAUGAUUAUAACAGAAUUGUCAAAGUUUUAAAUGAUUUCAAAGAUGUGCCGGAGUCAAUUUUAGUUCUGUUACUUACCUACGCUAUAAAAUUAGUUAAUCCAAAUAAUGUUGAUGUUACAAAUAAUGUGGAGUUUCUUAGAAUAUGUGAAAGUGAUUUACAAACUGAUGGGAAGGCACAUCAUAUCAAAUUGAAUUUCCUGAACUAUGUGCUACAGAUACCAGUGAGUGACGCCUCACUAGUCCCGUAUUUAAGGAAUGGAUUAACUCUGGAUAAUGCUUUGUUUCUGAUGAGUUAUAUAUCUUAUUUACUUGUGGAUUCAGAAAUGGAUAUUCAAAUAGAAUACGAAAGUAAACUGUUAGACUGGUGUACAUUACUGAUGGAUGCAUUUUAUCAGCAGUACUUGAUGACAAAGGAUGAGAAAGUCACAUUUGUUUUGGAUACAAUGAAGAUAAUUGUAGAUAAUCUUGUCGAUCAGUUGAUGGUAGUUGAUAGUCUGUUGCCUAAGUUACACCAAACUGUGUGCGGGAAGCAGUCAAAUAACGAUGUAGAUGAAUUAUUGUCAUAUACAAUUGAAUUGAUGGAAAUAUAGUUAUAACUUAAAA